AUGUCCGCAGUCACAGUUUCACACGUUUCCACAGCCGUCGAGUUGUAUAAACUCCAGGAGUUUUUCAGUUUCUGUGGCAAUGUGCUGUCAAUCAAUGAGCUCGAUACUGACGCCGAAGGCUUCAAAACAUACCAGGUAAACUUCACCCUGCAAAAGGCAGUUGAAACCGCGCUUCUUUUGAAUGACGCAGAGUUGGAGGAUGUUUCCGUGAAAGUCACGAAAUCCACGCUUCCUACCUACGAGGAGGCCGCCGAAUCUGGGGCUGAAGUGUCCGAUAACAAGAUCCAGUCGGAGAAAGACGAGGCUAUUAUCACCGGCGACGAUUCUUAUGACGACAUUUCCCAGGAGGAGAAGCCCAAGCUGGCCAUUUUGGCCCAGCUCUUGGCUUCGGGAUACAAGGUCUCCGACGACUUGAUCGAUAAGGCAAUCAAGUUCGAUGGCCAGCAAGGCAUCAGCACGAAAUUCAAGUCGUUUUUGACGGAUUUGGACAGCAAGUACUUGCACACGCAGGACCCCGAGUCGGUCGCAGCCAAGAACUUGAACAAGGCGCAGAGUCUGUUGUCGUCUCUCACCAACACCGUGCAAAAGAGCUCGUACCUGCAGAAAUUGCAACAUUACUUUGACAAGGCGUCGUCCUCUCCGUAUGGCGCGAAGGUCCACGACUUCUACAAGCAGGUCUCGCAAGAAGUUGCCGAUGUUCACAGGGAGGCCACCCGCUUGCUUGAAAUCAAGAGGGCCAACGCUUCCAGCAGCGCCGGGGAGCAGCCCGAGUCCACGUGA